CUCGUAAGCUGGGAAUGGCUUAUUCGCCGUGUAAUUUUUGUUGGGAUGUUUCUACGACAAAAAACAAAUAAACAAUUGUUAAGAGAAGUAACAAAAAGUAUUAUACAUAACCCAUUACUAUUACAAAUCAUUUCUCCAGAGCAGUACUUACUAAUUCCAGAACACAAUUGGUCAAAUAGCUUGUAUCUUGUACAUAAAAUACAUACACUCAUCUGUAAUUUUCAAAUUUCACUCUGUAAAGAUGGCGUAGUCUCCCCACAAUCCACAUGUUACUAAAACCCUUUGCCAGUUUCUCUAUGGUCGCCGCCCCUCACAGACUCAGCGAAGCACUUCUUGGCGAGAUCCUUCAUCUCCAUUUCCAGUCUCCGCAAAUCUUUGGUUCUUCCCCCAUUUUGUAAAGCAAAAAAGAAAGAGACAUCAUGUUGGACAUAAAUCUCUUUAGGGAGGAAAAGGGCCACAAUCCAGAAAUUAUUCGCGAAUCUCAGCGUCGUCGGUUUGCAAGUGUUGAAAUUGUCGAUGAAAUUAUCCAUCUUGACAAAGAAUGGCGACAACGUCAAUUUGAGCUGGAACAGUUGAGAAAAGACUUUAACAGGAUAAACAAAGAAGUUGCUAAACUUAGGAUUGCCGGAGAAGAUGCCAGUUCCAAGAUUAAAAAUACCGAGGAAAACAAGGAAUCAACUGCUAAGAAAGAGAUAGAGGUUCAGGAGGCUCGAGCAGCAUUAUAUUCAAAAUUGGAGGUGGUUGGGAAUCUUGUGCAUGAUUCAGUUCCUGUUAGCAAUGAUGAGGCAAAUAAUGCUGUGGUCCGUACUUGGGGGRAGAAAAGAUCGGAACCAAAACUAAAAAAUCACGUCGAGCUUGUGGAACUUCUUGGAAUUGCAGAUCUGAAAAGAGAAGCUCUAAAAAUGGGAACUUCACCUACAAAAAGAAAGGGGGAGAUUAGAGGAAAAGAAAUAGUUUUUACAAAAAAUUGUAAAAAUGGAAGACCUCAAUUCUUUGAGGAUGAAAAAACAAAUGCUCCUUAUAGAGCUAUCUGCAGUAAGGAUAUUACUAAUCCUGAUCCCGUGACGGGCAAAUAUAGUAGAUUAGUCAAUUCUAAUCCCUCCGUUGAAGGAAUCAACAAAAUGACACUUUUGUCAGCUAACAAAACAGGUACGCUGGAACUUAUCCCAGACUAUCUGAAAGCGCUCCAGAAGGAACCUGAAGUAUUUUAUGUAAUCUACAAAGGUCCACAUGCUGGUGUUCAUACAGACUGGAAGCUCGUCGAAUCCUACUGCAAAACCGAUAAGGUCAUUUGCAAGAAGUUCCGAAAUGAAACCAGUGCAAAAAUUCAUCUAGCCACCUACAGAGAUGAAGAGCCUAGCGGCAAAAAGAUACUUCUUCGACCAAGAAUUCACACGGUCAAAGAAAAACGUAGAGAUCAACCUCAAUUGAUUUCUAAAGAAAUUCACAAUGCGGUCGUUUAUCCAACAAUCGGCAUAGAAGAAUUCAAAAACAUCUGGGAAAAAGCAAGAACUGCUAUACCAGAAGAUUUUGUCCAUGAAAGAUUUUUCACAACGGACAAGAAGAGCAAGACUUUUUGGUCAACUGAUAUUGGAAAACUUGCCAGAUAUGCUGGAUAUUCGUCUUGCUUCCGUAAAGAGGCUGGUUCACAUGGCCGAGACACUCUUGGUAUUUUCCGUGUUCAUCAGUUCUGCAUUACCAGCCCAAAUGGCAAUGAUUCUUGGGAAAUGCAUGAGGAGAUGAUAAAAAACUCAGAGGAAUUCUAUCAGAUGUUGAAAUUGCCAUAUCAUAUAGUGUCUAUAGUUUCUGGUGCGCUAAAUGAUGCUGCGGCAAAGAAGUACGACUUGGAAGCAUGGUUUCCCGCAUCCAGCACUUACAGAGAACUUGUGUCUUGUUCAAACUGCACAGAUUACCAAUCAAGAAAAUUGGAGAUCAGAUUUGGACAAAAGAAGAGCAAUGAACAAAUGAAGCAAUACUGCCAUCUAUUGAAUUCCACACUGACAGCAACAGAGAGGACCAUGUGCUGCAUUCUUGAGAACUACCAAAGGGAAGAUGGUGUGGAAAUACCAGAAGUACUACAGCCAUUUAUGGGUGGAAAGACGUUUAUGCCCUUCCAAGCCCCACCUCCAACCAAAGAAACAACAAAAGGGAAGAAAUCAAAAGCAUAGUAGGUGAAGCAUUUUAUAAGAGAUAUUUAUAUGGCUCUUUUUGGUGUUUGCUACAAGAUGAAUAGGAUUUUUUAUCACAUUCUUGUUAUAAUACUCUUUUAAGAAUGAUUGCUUCAGUUUGUACUGCUACAAUGGUUUUUUGUGUUCAUUAGUUUUUGGAUUUUCCCUCUUUUUUGAUGAUUUUCUUUUUUUC